UCAGAAAUGAUUUUGUGUCAAUAAUCUUAAUUUCUAUUUUUCUUACCAUACAUUUUAGUUGACUAAUUCACCUCACAUCUAAGCUAAUAACCCCAAAAUCAGUAUAACUUGCAAUACAUCUAAGCUGUUUUAUAGAGUUUUCCUUUUACCACCCAAAUCGGCUACGUUGUAGUUCUUAUAUUUUUACAGUUUUGAGAUUUUCUCAUUUACCAUCACCAUCAUCUAUGGGAAAGCACGGCGGUGCAAAGACCAGAACCGCUGUCUGUUUCUCAGAUGGAGUUAUCUUCUUUGCCGGAGCUUUCAUGUCUCUGAUUCUCGUUUGGUCCUACUUCUCAAUUUUUUCACCUUCCUCCAAUUUCACCCUAAUCGGUUUUCGACGAGGCACCGAACCGGCUAAAUGCUCCGGUUUCGACAUGCAAUUCGACCCGGAAGAUCCCGGUUCUUUUUACGACGACCCGGAUCUGAGCUACUCGAUCGAGAGACCAAUCACGGGAUGGGACGAGAAACGGAAACAAUGGCUCGAAUCGCACCCCUCGUUCAAACCCGGUUCAGAAAACCGGAUCGUGAUGGUGACCGGUUCGCAACCGGCGCCGUGUAAAAACCCGAUCGGAGACCACCUGUUGCUCCGGUGCUUCAAGAACAAAGUCGAUUACUGCCGAAUCCACGGCCACGACAUCUUCUACAGCAACUCUCUGCUUCACCCGAAGAUGAAUUCGUAUUGGACGAAGCUCCCGGCGGUUAAGGCGGCGAUGCUCGCUCACCCCGAGGCGGAGUGGAUUUGGUGGGUGGACUCCGACGCCAUUUUCACCGAUAUGGAGUUCACGCUGCCGUUGCACCGUUACCGUUAUCACAAUCUCGUGGUUCACGGUUGGCCGAGUAUUAUCUACGAUCAACAGAGCUGGACGGCCGUUAACGCCGGCGUUUUCCUCAUUAGGAACUGCCAAUGGUCGAUGGAGUUAAUUGACACGUGGAAGAGUAUGGGUCCCGUGAGUCCAGACUACGCCAAGUGGGGUCCGAUCCAACGGUCUAUAUUCAAAGAUAAGCUCUUUCCCGAGUCGGAUGAUCAGACGGCUCUGAUUUAUUUGCUGUAUAAGCAUAAAGAGGUGUAUUACCCUAAGAUAUACCUCGAAGCAGAGUAUUAUUUCCAAGGGUACUGGAUCGGUGUCGUUGGGGGUUUCUUCGCUAACGUGACGGAGCGGUACCUCGAGAUGGAGCGAGAAGACGCCACGUUGCGGAGACGGCACGCGGAGAAGGUGAGCGAGCGAUACGGUGCGUUUAGAGAGGAGAGGUUUUUGAAAGGCGAGUUUGGAGGGAGAGGGAGUCGCCGGAGAGCGUUCGUGACGCAUUUCACGGGAUGUCAGCCUUGUAGUGGGGACCACAAUCCGAGUUACGAUGGUGACACGUGUUGGAAUGAGAUGAUCAGAGCUCUUAAUUUCGCUGAUAAUCAGGUGAUGCGCGCGUACGGGUACGUGCAUACUGAUCUGAGUAAGACUUCUCCUCUUCAACCUCUGCCGUUCGAUUAUCCUGAUGAGACAUGGUGAUUUUUGUUGUGUGGUUUAACUUUUAGUGAUUAUAAUGGUCUGGAAUAUUUACUAGUUCGUUGCAUUAAUCUUGAUUAGGAGUAAUUUGAAAGAUAAUUCAAAUUAAAAAAACUAAAACUAAAAAGGAAUUGGACUAGAGUAUUAUCCAUGUCCCAUGCAU